AAAAAAUAAUAAAUAAAUAUAAUAAAAUGAAUAGUCAAUUUAUAGGUUGGGAUAGCACAGUACCAAAAAUAUUUAAUAAUUCAAGAGUUGGCAACAAUUCUAGUUCCUUUGACAAUAAUAAAACCAUAUCAGAUAAAAGUUUUAUUAAUAAUAAUAACAAUAAUAAUGAUAAUAAUUUUAAUAGUAUAAUUAAUACUCUAUUUUUUAAAAUAUGGCGGAAUUGUUAUUUAAAAAAAAAAAUAUUAAGCUAUCUCAAAUUAAUAAACAUUCAUUUUCAACGAAGGAUAUAUUCAAUCGAAACCUAUUUAAAUUAUAAAUUUAAAGACUAUCUAAGAUAUGUGAUGCUAGAUUUCAAAGAUAAAGAUCAGUUGGUAGAGCUUUUAAAAACCCUUCCAAUCAACAUCAAGAGUGUCUCUUUAAAUUACUUUAGGUUUAAGGAAAAAUUGGAGCCAGGUUCCAUUCCAGAGAGUAUUACAGAGUUCAAAUUCAAUGGCUUAUACGAUGCCCCAUUAAAUACAAAGCUAUUCUCAUCCUCUUUAAAAUCUUUAGUCAAAAACUAUAAGUAUCUUUACACAGAAGGCUUUACUUUACCAAGGUAUUUAACAUUCUUAUCCCUUGGUUUAGAUUUCAACUAUCCACUCGAUCCAGGGGUUCUACCCAAAAAUCUUUUAAAAAUCAAAUUUGGCUCUAUAUUUAACAAACCAAUUAGACAGAAUGUUCUUCCAGAAACAUUAACAGAUAUACAUUUUGGAGACUCUUUUAAUCAACCUCUACCCAAAGGAAUUCUAGGGAAUAAUUUAAAGAAAUUAGAACUUGGGUUCUAUUGGGAUCAGCCAUUAAAAACACAUUAUGACAGUGAUGACAAUACCAGUUUGACCCAUUUCCCAAAUUCAAUCGAAACACUCAAGUUUGGUAGAUCUUUUAAUAGACACAUUGGUGCAGGUUCAUUACCCAAAUCAUUAACAGUUUUAGACUUUUGCUGGAUAGGUUCUUUCAACAAACCUUUUGACUCAAAUACAAUUCCAUCACAUAUUAAAUCUCUACAUUUAGGUUUAGAAUAUAACUCACCAUUCAAUAGUGGAGUGCUAUCAAAUCUAAUUAAUUUACAGGAACUUUAUUUUGGUAUCGAUUUUAACCAUCCCUUUGAACCAGGUAUGCUCCCACCCAACCUGAAAACCCUCUGCCUUUCACAAUGCUUUAAUCAUCGUUUAGAAAAAGGUUCAUUACCCCCAACACUUACUUCACUUAGCUUAGGUAGUGAAUAUAACCACCCAUUCGAAAAAGAUGUAUUACCCAAAAGCAUUGUCUUAAUAGAACUCGGCUCAAAUUACAAUUUCGACCUUCCAUUCACAGCCAUACCAAAUAUUAAAACUAUAAUAGUAAGAAACCGUCCCAAUAUUAUACCAGAAGAAAUAAAAUCAAUGGACGGUGAAACCCAUUACAUCAUACCAAAAUCAUUAGAAUCAAUCAUAAUAUUUUCAAACAACACAUUUUUUUUAAACAAAAUAUAUUUAAAUCCACAUUUAUUCGAUUAUAUUAAAGUUAUAUGUAGCAGUAAAAUAAUAUCAAAAAAAGGUAAACUAUUUAAAAAAAUAAAUUAUAAUAAUAUUUAAAAACUUGUUUUUAGAAU